AUGUGAUGUUUGGUGCCAAGAAUCGGGGUGUCUUAUCUCCAGACGCUGACAUCAACAGCUGUUAUCGCCCUCAACUCGCUUUGUUGGUUCUCCUACUCCUGCUCCUGUCCUUCUAAAGUACUUGUACCACCUCGAGCAUAUCCUUUCUUCCUCAUCUUUAAGACAAUUGGUCCCCCACUGUUGGACCUUGAUAGCUCCCCACUACUGAUGAGCUGCUCACCUAGGUAUGCCAUGCUCGCUAGAGUCACGGCAGUGGCCGUCAUGUACUAGUCAAUAUAGCUCUACCCCUCCUUGACGAAGUUGAUCUUUCCUCUUAACCCUCAUCCAAGCGGAUGCCAGCAAUCUCCUCCUUCUACUCGAGUAGCACUGUGUACAUUUCGCAUUUCAGCCCGUAGUCCUCACAAUUCCUUUCUCUUAUCUCUGUUUUGCAGCUACAAUGGUUAAGAAAGUUCUGGUAGGCUACGGGGUUGAUAUUGACGCUGUGGCCGGAUGGCUAGGUUCAUAUGGAGGGGAAGAUUCUAGCAGUGACAUUAGUCGAGGGAUGUGGGCAGGCACCAUUGGAGUGCGCCGUCUCCUGAAGCUAUUCGACAAGAACGGACUCAAAGCGACCUGGUUUAUUCCAGGUCAUUCACUAGAUACUUUCCCCGAAGAAUGCGCUCUGAUUCGGGACGGUGGUCAUGAGAUUGGGCUUCACGGAUACUCCCAUGAAAAUCCCGCCGAUAUGACCCUCGAGCAACAGAGAGAUGUCCUCGAUAAGACAUAUCGUAUGCUCUCUGAAUUCUGUGGAAAGCCGCCAAGGGGAAGUGUUGCACCAUGGUGGGAAACAAGUAAAGAAGGCGCCGAGCUACUCCUGAGCUAUGGCAUCGAAUACGAUCACAGCAUGUCCCAUGAUGAUGCUCAGAUGUAUUGGCUACGAAUCGGAGACACGUGGACGAAAAUUGACUAUUCAAAGAAGGCUGAGGAAUGGAUGAAGCCGCUGGUAAAGGGCAAACCCACGGGCCUGGUCGAGAUUCCCGCUUCGUGGUACAUCGAUGAUCUACCUCCAAUGAUGUUCAUCAAGAACUCGCCAAAUUCGCAUGGAUGGGUAGAUACUAAAGUGGUAGAGCAACUCUGGAUGGAUCACUUUGAUUACUUCUAUGAGAACUAUGACGAAUUCUGUUUUCCUAUGACGAUCCAUCCUGAUGUAUCGGGACGGCCACACGUGCUCAAGAUGCACCAAAGGAUCAUCGAUCACAUUAAUAAGCACGAAGGAGUGGAAUGGGUCACGUUCGAAAAGAUGACAGACGACUUCAAGAGUAAAAACACUCCUGAAGCUGGAGCAGUGAUGCCAGCCGAGAAGGGAGCUAUGUUGAAGAAGUGAUGCUGGAAGCUCUGUUCUUUACAUCCCCGCACUUCGAUAGACCCCUUACAUACAAAUGAAUUGUAACUUCCACUCAAUCUCACACUUCCCGAAGCCAAGUUGUGCUAGCUCGCUUACCUUCGUUCUACUCUCCCUCAUCCUCAACUGUCUGAAACUUAUUCGAAGUGGGAGAAAUACAAGGUCCAAUAGCU